AAACAGUUAGGAAUUCUAACUACCGACGAAUUAAAUAAAUCUUUCUCUUACCUGUGUUCCAUAGCACAACAGCAAUCAUUUCCUAUUGAGUAUAAUUUACUGUCCAAGAAAUUAGAAUUGAAAACUAAAUCCAAAAUCAUAUCACUUUCACCUUUCUUUGAAAAUAAUCUAAUUAGAGUAGGUGGCCGUAUUAGUAACUCUCAAUACUGCUAUAACAAAAAACAUCCAAUUGUGUUGGACUCAUCGCACCACUUAACACGGCUUAUAUUUGAACGUGAGCAUAUACGCACUUUGCAUGCUGGCCCCCAAUCAUUGCUGGCUACUAUUAGAGAGCUUGUUUGGCCUAUCAAUGGAAGGCGCGUCGCACGGCGCACUGUAAAUAACUGCGUACGCUGCCGUCGCGUUCAACCUAAAGCGCUAUGCCCAAAAAUGGGCAAUCUACCACCCCAGCGACUAAUUCCAGACUUUCCUUUUACGUCGGUGGGCUUAGACUUUGCAGGCCCCUUUCAAAUUAUAAAUAGAAAAGGACGUGGUGCCAAAUUAGUAAAGUGUUACUUAUGCCUAUUUGUCUGUAUGAAAUAUAAAUGCAUUCACUUAGAAGCAGUCAGUGAUUUAUCAAAGGACGCCUUUAUCAUGACCUUUAGACGAUUUGUUUCUCGUAGAGGAAAGCCAGUCGAAGUGUUUUGUGACAAUGGGCGUAAUUUCGUUGCAGGUGAUAAGGAAUUGUCUAAUUUUUUAAAACAAAGUAACGUUUCUUUAUCUGAAUUUGCGGCCCAAGAAGGCGUAAGGUUCAAUUUUAUUCCUGCGUACGCUCCUCACUUCGGCGGAAUCUGGGAAUCCGGUGUAAAAUCGGCCAAAUUCCAUUUAAAACGAGUCAUGGGCAAUUCUCAUUUAACCUUUGAAGAAUUGUCUACAUUAUUUGCGCAAGUGGAGGCAGUUUUGAAUAGUCGUCCCUUGUGUCCCCUAUCCAACUCUCCUAACGACUUCCUCUAUCUCUCACCAGGGCACUUCCUCGUGGGGCGACCUCUAACUGCCCUACCCACUCCUACCUUGGAGGAACGUGCUGCCAAUUCUCUAGCACGCUACGCACGGCUCGAGAAAAUUCACCAACAUUUUUGGAACCGGUGGCAAAAGGAGUAUAUAGCCGAACUGCAACAAAGAAGAAAGUGGAAGACAGAGACGGACAAUCAAAGAUUAAAGAUUGGCGACUUGGUGCUCCUUCAAGAAGACCAUGUUCCACCACUCUGUUGGCGUCUCGGUCGAGUCCAGAGACUAUUUCCGGGCUCCGAUGGAAUUUCACGAGUUGCAGAAGUAAACACAACGAGAGGAAGUGUACGACGUCCAUUGGUUCGCCUGUGUCCGCUGCACCCUACUGUAAGUCAGUGCUGAAAGAGGGAUCUUUCAGCGAAGGGGGAAGAUGUUGCGGCCCCAUCAACUCUGCUCGUGGAAUCCACACUCCAUCUGUCUGGUCACAGGAACCGGCCCUCCGUGGAGCUAGAGAAGGGCGGCGGCGCCUGUAGUUUUAAUUACUUUAAAUUGUGUUUUGGUAUAGUUAGAUAGUUUGCUUUAAGAAUAUUAACAGGUACUUUUUGUAUGUGAUUUGUGACGUGUGCCGCCGCUCCAUUCGUCUUUAACCUUUCUAACAGUAAAGUUGUUACCACUCAGCUUUGGUCUUUUAUUAGAUAUAUUAGGCCCA